GUCCAUUUCAUUCUUGGUUUUGAGAGCUAUGAUGGUGUAUUAACACAUUUGCAGUGAAAGUUCAGCCAGCCCAGGAAGGCCCACAAGGAAGAAAAAUACAAUCCGAAAAAUUCCGGAGAUAUGCAACCUUGUUUCGGAUUUUAAUAGAAUAAAACCUUGUCGCGCAGAACCAGCUACAGGUCUAGCUUAUACUUUUCUCGGUGCCAGGAUAACAGUAUCGGAUACAGAAUCAUUUUCUUGAUCGAAGCACGGUGCAGUUCUUGCUGGAAUGAAGCGCCUACUGCAAUUUGUGCAAAAUCGCUAUUAAAUAGCACUGCACACCUAUGCCACAUCAUGAGGCUGUACCAAACACUGAUAAUUUAGGUUCAGUACCAUGUCCUCUACCAAUCCAAGUGGCGAUACUGCUAGGCUUGUUCCCAACAUCCCUCCACCGACGGUUAGCGUUGUAUCCCCGACGAUUGGCUGUUCCAUGAUUGAUAGUCGGAACGUGUAUAAAAUUUCUCCGGCGAAAUCUAGUGUCCUCAGCCCACAGCAACCCCAGCAAGAUAUCGUCAAAAUAAGGCUCACGAAGGAUGACAGCGGUACGGGUUUUGGUUACACUAAGUCGAUUAUCAGCACCGUGCAGUCACCGCAAGGUAAUCGCUCUAACACUACUCUUAGUCAGCCUAAUUCGUCAUUAUUCGUGCUCGAUAAGGACAAACAUUUAACCCUUAAUAAGCGUGAAACUAUUGAAACAUAUUUCGUCAGGAAACCCCCACCUUCAGCUGGGCGGCCCGGGUAUGAAACAAUGCAGAAGAAUGCUAAAAAAUCGAACUUCGUUUCAGAUAAAUCAGAUAGCAAAUCAACGCCCCAAAAACUAAACUUCAAUUUAGCUCAACAACCAACGUUACAGUUGAAAACGUCACAAAACAAAAUUGUACUGGUGAAAAUGCUUCCAAAAAUUCCCCAAAAUGGCCCUCAGAUGUUAGCUUCACCGCCUACAUCGAGAAGCAGUGUGUCGCCAACAACUCUAGCCCUAGCCAGAAGCGUCCAAGGUCUACGCCCUCUUCCUCCGGUGGGAUCACCAACAAAACCCACAGCUACAACGCAGCUUGUAAUGACACGAUCACCGGAGAAAAAGGAGUCGGUCGCCAGUCGUGUAAUAUCCAGGUCUGAGAGCACCCCGUCAUUAUCUCCUAGCCAUACGGUAACCGCAGCUGCACCCACUAUUAACACCAGCAGUUCAAUCGAGGGAACUAAAUCUUCCAAUCUUUUCGCGAACAAUUCCGCUCCAACAGAGAAAGUUCCUGAUGAUCAAAUAUUACCGAAGUGUGAUAAUGUGCAAAAAGCUAUUCCAACAGUAGAUAAUCAAAAUAACGACGAGUGUGACAAUGCCACUGCUACCGUAAAUGUUAAAAUGUCUCGUGAGAUGAAGUGUCUGAAAGCUUCACAGGAUAGCUCCAAAAUUCUGACUGAGUUUAUGCAGGAUUCUAAAUCUGAGAAAUUACGAAAACGUCGUCGGUCUCGUUAUGAUGGUGAUGAUAGCCAGAGUUGCGGAAGUUUAACGCCGACUUCAAUGAAGCGGUAUUCUGUUUGUGGCAGAGAUGAUGAAGACUUGGAUGACGGCAGUCCAUCUAGUGGUCUCAAACGAACAGGAAUGAGGUCUGCCAAUGCUGAAUUCUCACUAAAACAGCGUAAAUUCCUAAGUAGCAUUCAUCACACCAGCGAUGGAUCCGACAACUCCGACCACGAGUUAGAUCCAGCGAGUACCGGAAAAAGUGUUAAUCUUCACAUACCAGUUGCGCCCAAGCCUGGAUGGGAUAAAUUUUGCUGGCGCUGCAAAACCUGUGAACCAGGGCUGGAAACGUGCGCCGGAUGCAUUCGAUGUUUCCAUCCUGUAUGUCUAAAGCUCAACCCAGCAUUUUUUAUUGUCGAGAAAAAAUGGAACUGUCCCGAAUGUAUUAAACUGCAAUCUAGCGACGAAAGCGGUUCCGAUGAGGGUGGAAAACCGGUGAAAGACAAGCUUAAAAUUGACAGCCUCACAGUAUCGCUGAAAUUUGCGAUGAAACGAAUGCAGCUGUUGAAAGGGAGCAUGAUCUUCAAUCCGCUAGAUAAUGAACAAUUUCCUAACUAUGCUCAGUAUGUAACGAAACAUGUCGAUCUUGCAAUGCUGCAGAAAAAUGUGGACGACCAGAAAUAUCAAUCAACCGAUGCGUUCCAGGCUGACAUAGGCUGGAUUCUACACAAUGCGUCGAUUUAUCCUAAUAAUAGCAAGCUAUUGCCAAUAGCGAAAGCUUUAAUGAAAAUCUGCAAACAGGAGCUUAACGAAAUCGAAGCUUGCAACGAGUGCUACUUCAAUGCAAACACCUGUAAAACUUGGUUCACUGAGGUGUGCACGAAACCUCAUCUCUUAGUGUGGGCCAAACUGAAAGGUUUCCCAUUUUGGCCGGCCAAGUUAAUGUCAGUGAACAGUAAUCAACUUGUAGAUGUUCGAUUUUUCGGUGACCACGAUCGUGCUUGGGUUCCGAUAAAGGAAUGCUAUCUGUUUUGCGAGAAAGAUCCUAACACAAAAUUGCAGCGUCGUACUAACAUGGCAGAGUGCAUGCGUGAAGCCGAGCAGUAUAUUGCAAAAUUGAAGCGAAAGUUUGGACAGUUUAAAUAUGCAGAAUUUCGAACUCCAGUCGAAGCAAACAGGCUAGAUGAGCAUUUGGAAUCUAUGAUUCCAGGAGUACUGAAGCGAAUAGCUGAAAGUGGGGAUUCGCAAAAAGCAAAGCUGAUGCUGAGAAUCAUUAAAACCGCAGAUAAUUUUCUCUCGGUGUCUCCAGUGGAAAUAAGUGCACCUACUAAAACGUCAACACCAAAAGUAGCGCGCAGUGACAGUAUCGCUUCACCAGAGAAGUCAAAAAGUGAGGUGUUCGAUAACGUUGAUGUGAAGACUUCUGAGGAAACUGAAAUUCAUUUGCCUCAUGAUACUAGUAAAGAUGAAACAAAUAUAUCUGAUAUCAAUCCAGAGUAUGAAACAAGAGCAAUACGUCAGUACAGCACAAGAAAACGAAAGAGUGUUAGUCCUGAAGAAGAUGCUACUGUGAGUCAGGAAAUUUCCAAGGAAGCAAAAAAGCGACAUAGUCGCAAUACAAUCUGUAAUGUAAAAGAGGAAGGAGAAUCUGUUACUACCGAUUUGCCCAAAACGAGUACACAGCGAAGUCACUUCAGUCGUAAACGUAAAAGCGUAAGCCCGCUUGGAGAUAUUAUGAAGGAACAGAAACAGAGCAAAGUAGAAUCUGUGGUCAUACAACGGGAGUCAGAUAGUUGGAAGACUGUACAACCCGCGAAAAAACACAAGUCUAAAUCAAAGUCGUUUGACGGUAAAGGCGAUAUGAAAGAGUCAGACUGUAGUGAGACAAGCGAUACGCAAAGUAUGUCCCUCGACUUCGAAACUAAGUUGUCGUCAAAAAAUGAUAAGCAAAAGGAUGCUGUUCCUGCUGCACCUGAAACACAAACCCCUAUUAAUGAUAAACCUUGCAGCGUUAUUGGUGUACCGCCCACUAUUCCGAAAAAUAGCUCAAUUCCGCUAAUACCACUAACUGCAAAUGAAAUAAAAACCGAGCCUACAGAGGAAGAGCAACCACCUGAUUCGAUUCAUCCUAUUGUCACUGCGGUACCAGUUCCACCCCCACAAGUUGCCGCGCCUUCUAGUGAAACUUCGGAAGUGACAAGUAAUGUGUCUGACAACGCUGCGUCAAUAGUUUCACAAGAAUUGCUGCCAAUCAAAGCUGAACCUUUAUCUGAUGAAGAAAAUGAAAGGAUGGUUGUGGCCAAUAAAGCACCUAGUAUUUCAGAAGUUCACAAUAAGCGAGCUGUUAGUACUAAUCAAGUAAUGAUUCGUACUAAUAAUCGAAUAAUGGUCAAAGACAUCAACAAACUCACCCAUCAAGUUGGAAACCAGACUGUAAGUAAUAUUCCCGGAAGUAACGGCCAAACACCUGUAAUAGUAACACCUGCGGAGAAACCAAAAAAUCUCUCCAAAACGCCGGCAAAGCAUGCAAACCCAAAUAUUCCACCACAACAACAGCAGCAGCAGCAACAGCAGCAUCAGCAACAUCAGCAGCAACAGCAACAACAAAGGACUCGUAAAAUUACAGCACAACCUGUGAAUCAGUCUACUUUCACCUCCCUGAUGCGUACCCCAAAUCAACCAAGUGGAAUGCCCGUAUCAAUAGCAAACAGUUUCCCAGUAGCUAAAAAUGGUAGCAACAUGAUGCAUAUGGUACACAUUCCAAGUCCAUUGCUGGCCUCUGGCGAACAACCGACGACAGUGAAUCCAGUUGCACUAACUCGAGCAAAUCUCAAUGACACGACCGUCCCGAUAGCCAACGUAGCAACGAGAAGCACAGUACAACAACAAGCUGCCGGGCCCAGUACGGUCCCACUCCAGCAGAAUGUUACACCAACUGCAGGAACUUCUGCAAAUUCACCAGCCGCUACCAACGUCGCCGAAGGUCAGCAUAUGAUGUCUGGCUUUAUUACACCGAAUUUGGCUGCAGCGGUUACAGAAACAAUUGUGUCCACUCCACCAAAAAUGCAGUCCCGGCCGAGUGGCGCGCUACGGUCGGAAGGCGACUGCAUCUACCCUUCAGGAGCUGGUCCCGUUUCUCAGAUUUUAAUUAAUAACUCUUACAAGAUGGCCGACUUUUUCCGAUCCGUUAUCGAAGACACGCUGGCAGAUCUCUCGAAUAACAGCGGUGCCCUGGAGGCGAAAGUCAAAGUUCUGGAACUAGAAAUUGAGAAGCUCAAACACUGCCACCAGCAGGAAAUUACUAAACUCAAGCACAAUUCCGAUCUUGUGCUUUGCGAAAUGCGUAAAAACAUGGAUGUAGAAAAAGCACGUAUCAUUAACGAAGUUCGCAAGCAAUGCGAAAUAGAGCGCAUCCGAUCGGUGGAAGAAGCUAAGAAGAAACAGUGGUGCAUAAACUGUGGCAAAGAAGCGCUAUUUUAUUGCUGCUGGAACACUUCAUACUGUGAUUAUCCUUGCCAGCAGCAACACUGGGCGACUCACAUGAACAGUUGUACUCAAAGUCAGUUUAAUUUGCCAAGCACCGCAAUUGCCAGCAAGCCAACGAAUGUGGUCAGCGCUAGUAAGACAACCGUGCAGCACAUGACGACACCGAAGAUAAGUACUGUACAAACUUUAAAUUUGAACGGACGAUCUGGACUGACAAUACAAGCUGCUCAACACCAACAACAGCAACAACAACAACAACAACAACAACUGAUAAUCACAUCAACGAGAGGCGGAGCUCAGCUUGGCAAAGGACCGUCCUUCCAACGAUUGAUGCUCAAUGCUGUCGGAGGAAAUCAACCGCCAUAUACUGUUGUUUCCGGCCCUCUGAACACCUAGCCUCAGCAGAGCUCACUGUCAUCAGUAGCGGGAAAUCCUCCCUUCGCUACCAGCUGGGAUCAUUUGAAGACUGUUGCCGUCCCAGUUUCCGCCGGAGUAUCGGCUAGUAGCAAAGAUGUUAAACGUCCUUACGGAUUUUUUAUAAAAUCGAUGCAAAUGGAUAAUAGUACUGGUGAUCUCAAGUGAAUUGUUUAUUUGUAAAUAUAUCUUUAUUGUAUAUAAAUAUAUAUUAUAGUCGAU